AUGGACCUGGUCUUACUGUUUCUGCUGGGACUCUGUGGUCUGGCCCCAGUCCUGGUCCAGUCUAAAGCAGUGUUUCUGGAUGAGGAGCGGGCUCACAAGGUGCUGAGACAUAACUCUGGCUGGUUUGAGGAGCUUCAGAGAGGAGACCUGAGGAGAGAGUGUGUGGAGGAGAUCUGCAGCUACGAGGAGGCCAGGGAGGUGUUCGAGCACACCGAGAUCACUAAUGAGUUCUGGAAGACGUACCGAGUCCAGGACCACUGCUCCUCUGGGCCCUGUCUGAACGGAGGAACCUGUGUGGACCUGGGACCAGACCAGACACCGGACCAGGGAUCGAGCUUCACAUGCCUCUGCCCCCCUGGGUCCUCAGGUCACACCUGCCAGCUGGACGAUCAAGCGGCUCGCCGGCGCUGCCUGGUGGACAAUGGGGGAUGUGCACACUUCUGUGAGGAGGCGGGGCUUCCUGUGGGGGCAGGGUCUCGCUGCAGCUGUGCCCUUGGGUACCAGCUGGACCAGGACCAGACCUCUUGCACCAGUGUAGGACCCAUCGGCUGUGGGACGGUCCCAGUGCUGCAGAAUCGGACCGGUCCUGGUCCUGGUCUGGACCCUAGAGGCCGGAUUGUGGGCGGAGAUGAGUGCCCAAGGGGGGAGUGUCCCUGGACAGUCCUGCUCCGGUCCCAGGGCCGGCCUUUCUGUGGGGCAGUGUUCCUGAGUCCAGACUGGGUCCUGACGGCGGCUCACUGUUUGGAGGACACAGAUCGGCGCCACCUGGAGGCUGUGGCAGGAGAGCACGAUGUGCAGGAGUGGGAGGGGUCAGAGCAGGUUGUGAGCGUGGCAGAGGUGCACGUACACGCCCACUAUGACCCUCUCACCGUGGAUAACGAUAUUGCUCUGCUGCGCGUGACCCCGCCACUCUCUGUGACGUCACAUGCCGUCCCUGCGUGUCUCCCCACGCGUGCACACGUGCACACGCAGGUGUAUGCCAAGAGCGCGCACGUGGUGAGCGGCUGGGGGCGUGUCCACGAGGCAGGCCCCGCCUCCAGCAUCCUCAAGAGGCUCACGGUUCCUCUGGUCCGGUCGGAGCUGUGCCAGAUCCAGUCCGGCCUCAGUCUCAGUGGGAACAUGCUGUGUGCUGGCUGGGCGGGCGGGGGCCAGGACUCCUGUAAGGGGGACUCUGGGGGGCCCCUGGUCACUCAGACCUCAGGGACCUGGUUCCUGACCGGCAUCGUGUCGUGGGGGAAGGGCUGUGCCAGACCCGGCCAGUACGGGUCUCAGUUUAGACGUCAGAUCAUAAACAUGAGUCCUGCAGAGAAGGUCCGACUGCUGCAGGGUCUGAGACCGGGUCUAGUCCUGGUCUUCGUCCUGGUCUCUCUGGGGUCCAUCUGCAACGCCGCAGUGUUCCUGGACCCUGCUGAGGCCUCGGUCCUUCUCCGGUCCAGACGAGCCAACAGUGGGUUCCUGGAGGAGCUGAAGCAGGGGAACCUGGAGAGAGAAUGUGUGGAGGAGAUCUGUGACUAUGAGGAGGCCAGGGAGGUGUUCGAGGACGACACCAAGACUAGGGAGUUCUGGAAGACCUAUAACCGUGCAGACCCUUGUACCAUCAGCCCUUGUCAGAACAAUGGCACCUGUGUCCUCCAGGGGGCGAGCUACUCCUGUGUUUGUCCUGAGGGCUACGAGGGACGCCAGUGCCAAACAAUCUUUGAGGAGUCUUUGAAGUGCCUGUUCCAAAAUGGCCGCUGUGAACACUUCUGUGACGGCUCCAGAGCCAAACGUGUCUGUUCCUGCUCUGAGGGGUACCAGCUGGGAGAGGACCAUAGGAGUUGUGUGGCCACAGUCCAGUUCCCGUGUGGACAAUUGGUCCCAGAUCAGAACCAGACUCUUGGGUCUCAGACCAGACUGGUGGGGGCCAACACCUGUCCCCGAGGGGCGUGUCCCUGGCAGGUGCUGCUGGAGUUGGACCACGCCCCUCACUGUGGGGGGGUCCUGAUCAGACCGGACUGGGUCCUGACUGCCGCUCACUGUGUGUUUGAGCUGAGAGCCCAGAACCUGACUGUGGCAGCAGGUCUCCUGGACCUCCAGUCCUCUAAUUCGGUCCAGCGAGUCUCAGUUCGGUUUGUGGUCUUGGCUCCAGACUACAGCUGGGUCUCAGGACACAGGGACUUGGCUCUUGUCCAGUUAGAGCAGGCCAUGGUCCUGGGUCCAGACGUGGUCCCAGUCUGUGUCCCGGACUUGGACCUGAUGGAGCGGGAGCUGCUCCAGACCCGGUACCAUACAGUCUCCGGCUGGGGCCAAAGAACCAGAGGAGGGAAUGACUACGACUCCCACAAUGCACCAGGAGGAACCCAGCUGAGGAAGAUGGAGGUGCCAAUCAUACAGCGCCCCCUGUGUGAGCAGAAGUCCGGCUUGAACCUCACCGAUCACAUGAUCUGUGCGGGUUACAUGAGUGGUCGCCAGGACAGUUGCCGUGGUGACGAUGGCAGCCCAUUGGUCACAGAGUUUGGCUCCACCCACUUCUUAUUGGGCGUGGCCGCGUGGGGACGGGGCUGCGCCGAGCCGGGGUUCUAUGGCGUUUAUACCAACGUGGGACACUUCAGCCAAUGGAUACACAACACCAUCACCACGGCAGCCAGUCCCCAGUGA